AUGGCAGAAACUUAUGAUGUCUGGUUGUCUCGUUUCCAGGAAUAUAGGAACCAUAUGGCAUCAUAUAUUUGGGCUAAUGAUCUGACCGUCCGAGAUGCACUUCAUGUUAGAAAGGGGACAAGAACUGCAGAGUGGAAUAAGUGUCGCAAGCCUAGAGAUUAUGACCAGAAUGUCGCAAGUGCUCUUCCAUACCACGAAGCUUUGAGUAAGACGCGUUAUAAAGCUCUUGCAUACAGCGGUAACCAUGAUGCGAUGGUCUCAUAUUUGGCUACAUUGAAGUGGAUUAGACAUCUGAAUCUGACGGUGGACGAUGACUUGAGGCCAUGGAUGGUUAAUGAUGAAGUUGCAGGAUUCACAAAGAGGUACAAGAGAGAUGAAUUUCAUCUUACUUUCGCAACGAUAAAGGGUGCCGGCCACACAGCUCCAGAAUGCAAACCGGUGGAGUGUCUGGCCAUGGUUCAUCGCUGGUUUUCGUCUUCUCCAUUAUAG